GUGCUGGGUCGCGGAGCUGUGACUGAGCCCGGGCAGCAGCAGCGGCGGCGGCGGCGGCGAGUGAGAGCAGCAGCAGUGGGCGCUGGAGCAGCCGCGGAGCCUGGGGGAUCCCCGGGAGCCAGCGCGUGCGGCUCAUGAGCCCGGCGCGGAGCAGCAGCCGCCGCGGCUCUGCGGGUGAAUGAACCUGCCUCCCCCACCGUCUCCACGAGCGCGAGCGGCUUCGCCGGGGUCCCGGACCCCAGCUUCUCCCGACACAAAAUGGACGGUUUCGCCGGCAGUUUGGAUGAUAGCAUCUCUGCUGCAAGCACAUCUGAUGUCCAGGACCGUCUUUCAGCUCUCGAACUGAGAGUUCAGCAACAAGAAGAUGAAAUCACUGUGCUAAAAGCAGCAUUGGCUGAUGUUUUGAGACGUCUUGCUAUCUCUGAAGACCACGUGGCCUCUGUGAGAAAGUCAGCACCAAGUAAAGGUCAACCAGGCCUCCGAGAAGCUAUCUCUAUGUCCUGUAUAACCAAUGGAAGUGCAGGAAGCAGAAAAACAAGCCAUAGUUCCUCUGUAUCAGUUGCCAGAAAAGAGACCCUCUCGUCUGCUGCUAAAAGCGGUACAGAAAAAAAGGAAAAACCUCAAGGACAGAGAGAAAAAAAAGAGGAAACUCAUUCUAAUGAUCAAAAUCCACAAAUUCGAGCAUCACCUUCUCCCCAGCCCUCCUUACAGACUCUCCAAACACACAGGCAAACUCAAGAAAGCAAGAGCUCUGCUCCAGCUAAAAGCAUAAAGCGAACUUCGACCAUUGAAAAAUCACAUAGCAUGUGGGACAACUCAGAUGACAGUCGUAAUAAACUGUUGAGGGCAGCUUCAACAUCAAAACUGAUAUCAAAAGUGGCAAAAAAUGCAGAGAAACAUAAAGAUGUCAUUGUCAGCCAAGCAAAAAUGUCAACUCGUGAAAAAAACAGCCAAGAGGGAGAGUAUAUUAAGAUGUUCAUGCGGGGUCGACCAAUCACAAUGUUCAUUCCUUCUGAUGUAGAAAACUAUGAUGACAUUAGGACAGAACUGCCUCCUGAGAAGUUAAAACUGGAGUGGGUAUAUGGGUAUCGUGGAAGAGAUUGUCGAGCCAAUGUAUACCUCCUUCCUACUGGAGAAAUAGUAUACUUCAUAGCAUCAGUAGUUGUUUUAUUUAACUAUGAAGAGAGAACUCAGCGACACUACUUAGGUCAUACAGACUGUGUUAAAUGCCUUGCAGUUCAUCCAGACAAAAUUAGGAUUGCAACAGGACAGCUAGCUGGAGUGGAUAAAGAUGGAAGGUCUUUGCAGCCCCAUGUUAGAGUAUGGGACUCAGUGAGCCUGAUGACACUGCAGGUUAUUGGCCUCGGCACUUUCGAGCGUGGAGUGGGGUGUCUGGAUUUUUCAAAAGCAGAUUCAGGUUCUCAUUUGUGUGUGAUUGAUGACUCUAAUGAGCACAUGUUGACUGUAUGGGACUGGCAGAGGAAAUCAAAGGUAGCAGAGAUAAAGACUACAAAUGAAGUUGUGCUUGCUGUAGAAUUCCAUCCAACUGAUGCAAACACAAUCAUAACUUGUGGCAAAUCUCACAUCUUUUUUUGGACCUGGAGUGGCAAUUCACUAGCAAGAAAGCAAGGGAUUUUUGGGAAAUAUGAAAAACCCAAAUUUGUGCAGUGUUUGGCAUUUUUGGGGAAUGGAGAUGUGCUCACUGGAGACUCAGGUGGGAUAAUGCUUAUAUGGAGCAAAACUACAGUAGAAUCCACGCCAGGAAAAGGACCUAAAGGUGUAUAUCAAAUAAGUAGACAAAUCAAAGCUCACGAUGGCAGCGUGUUCACACUAUGUCAAAUGAGGAAUGGAAUGCUGCUAACUGGAGGUGGGAAAGACAGAAAAAUCAUUCUGUGGGAUCAUGAUCUGAACCCUGAAAGGGAAAUAGAGGUUCCUGAUCAGUACGGGACAAUCAGAGCAGUAGCAGAAGGAAAAGCAGAUCAGUUUUUAGUUGGCACUUCACGAAACUUUAUUUUGCGGGGAACAUUUAAUGAUGGUUUCCAAGUAGAGGUACAGGGUCAUACAGAUGAACUCUGGGGUCUGGCAACACAUCCCUUCAAAGAUUUGUUGUUAACAUGUGCUCAAGAUAGGCAAGUUUGUAUGUGGAACUCUGUGGACCACACACUAGAAUGGACCAGGCUGCUAGAUGAACCAGGACACUGUGCUGAUUUCCAUCCAAGUGGAACAGUGGUAGCAAUAGGAACACACUCAGGAAGGUGGUUUGUUUUGGAUGCAGAAACAAGAGACCUGGUUUCAAUACACACUGAUGGUAAUGAACAGCUUUCAGUGAUGCGCUACUCAGUAGAUGGCAUGUUACUUGCAGUAGGAUCCCAUGACAACUUCAUUUACCUCUACAUAGUGACAGAAAAUGGAAGGAAGUAUAGCAGAUAUGGAAAGUGCACUGGACAUUCCAGCUAUAUUACACACCUUGACUGGUCCCCGGACAACAAGUAUAUAAUGUCAAACUCAGGAGACUAUGAAAUACUAUACUGGGACAUUCCAAGUGGCUGUAAACUUAUCAGGAAUCGUUCGGAUUGUAAGGAUAUAGAUUGGACGACGUACACUUGUGUGCUAGGGUUUCAAGUGUUUGGAGUAUGGCCUGAAGGAUCAGAUGGGACGGAUAUAAAUGCUCUUGUCAGAUCCCAUAAUCGAAAGGUGAUAGCAGUUGCUGAUGAUUUCUGUAAGGUCCAUCUCUUUCAGUAUCCCUGCUCCAAGCCAAAGGCCCCCAGUCACAAAUACAGUGCUCACAGCAGUCAUGUGACAAAUGUCAGCUUUACACAUAACGAUGGUCACUUGAUUUCAACUGGAGGGAAAGACAUGAGUAUUAUUCAGUGGAGACUUGUGGAGAAGAUAACUUUGCCACAAAAUGACAUUGUAGUAGAAAUUGGUACAACCAAAGCACCCAUCCCUGCCAAUGAAAGUGUGGUAGAGUCCCCUGCACCUCUUUCACAAUCAUUUGAUGAAAUGGCACAAAAUGAAAGCCUAACCGACAGCUCUCUCACAUGUUUGGAGAGCAAUUUGGAGCAGACUGUGGAGGCCAAUGAAGAGCAAAGUGAGGAGCAAAGUGAAGGGAGCAGUCUGGAUCCAGGUGAGCCAAGCUACGAAGAACCAUCUAAUGAAACAAGUGAGGAGCAAAGUGAAUCCACUGUUACUGAAGACCAGCAAGAUAAUUCACCAGUGUCUUAACACUUCAAACUCAGAUGGUCUUUAUUUUCCAUUGGUGUGUGUGCUUUCAUAAAAGGGAGAGGGUUUAAAUAGGGGAGGGGGAAUAGCUGAGAUUUAUGCCCACUCCAGCUGUUGGGUUUCAGUGAGAUUUUUAGUCUGAUUUUGUUUCAAUAUGUGAACUAUCCCAAGGGCCCAGCUUGACAGUUUAUGUCAAGAACUGGUCAAAGUUAGUAGUGGGACAUGACCGUAGGUUCAUUUUUAAUUCUGAAAUUGCUGUCAGGAAGUGGCAUGAUGUAAAUACUGGAAAAAAGGUUAGUUCUAAGGAAAAGCUGAAAUAAACCACUUUAAUCAUGUGAAAGUGUUUUCUGGAAGUACUAACACCAAACAGAAGCACUGAUUAAAUACCAGCUGAAUAAUACUAUGCUGUUUUUCCAGGUGCAUAAAAAAAACUGAAAAAUUAAUUUUGUGGAGCUGUUCUUUCUUUUUUAAUGAAAAAAAAGAGGAAAAACAAGAGAAUAAUGCCAUGUUCAUGAAACUGCCUUCUUGAUCUAACACAUAUGCAAUUUUCUAACACUACUAAUUCCUAAUGGAGUGUGGACAUGCUUGCAGUCUGUCUGCCCUAGGUGCUGCUCAUUCUAAGGCAAAUCAUAUCAAGGAACAGUUUUUAUUGAUCCUUGUGUAUAGUCCUAUUUAAUCCUAGAACUUUAACCAAACAUCGGUUUGUUUAUGAAUUAUUGGCAACCUAAAAGUUGAUUAAAAUGUAAGAGGCAAUUGUGUUUUCAAAGAAUUGCUCGCCUUGAUAUUUUGAAACUCAAGAAUCUUUAUAUUGACCUUGAUGUGAACAGAAGAGAAUGCAUGACAAGAAAACAAAAGUCUGAUGGUUCUAGGGUUAAACGUAGGCUUCAAGCAGAAAUCGUUCCCUUACUACUAGGAGGAAUAUAAAUAUAGUUAAAUUGUUAAAUUGGUGCUUGGCAUUAGUAUAGUAAGAUGUUACCUUUUCCCCCCCUAUUUUGGGGUGACUUUAAGAAUCAAUAAACUGCAAAUGUUUUUUUACUGGCUCCUUUAGCAGUCAUGAUAAUAUCACAAUAAUUUAGAUAAUGUUGCGUAUUUUGAGAUUUCCUCUC